CUCUUGGAGCUGUGGGAGGCAGCGCGGAGGAUCCCGCGGUCGGUGCUUGUGCGCGGCGGCCGGAACUCAGUAACAAACCCGGGCCGUGAAGCUUCGGCAGCCCUGUUGAGCCGCGCGCCGCCCUCUGCUUCCCGGUGCCCGCGGAGGCGCCGAGUCUGACGGGGCGGGGGCCACGGCCCCUCGGGCUAGCGAGGAUGAGCUUCCUCUUCAGCAGCCGCUCUUCGAAAACAUUCAAACCAAAGAAGAAUAUUCCUGAAGGGUCCCAUCAAUAUGAACUCUUAAAACACGCAGAGGCAACUCUCGGAAGCGGCAAUCUGAGGCAGGCUGUUAUGUUGCCUGAGGGAGAGGACCUCAACGAAUGGAUUGCUGUCAAUACUGUGGAUUUCUUCAAUCAGAUCAACAUGUUGUAUGGAACCAUUACAGAAUUCUGCACUGAGGCAAGCUGCCCAGUCAUGUCAGCAGGUCCCAGGUAUGAGUACCACUGGGCAGAUGGCACUAAUAUUAAAAAGCCAAUUAAGUGUUCUGCACCAAAAUAUAUCGACUAUUUGAUGACGUGGGUUCAGGACCAGCUUGACGAUGAAACUCUUUUCCCUUCUAAGAUUGGUGUCCCAUUUCCCAAAAACUUUAUGUCUGUGGCAAAGACUAUUCUGAAGCGUCUGUUCCGGGUUUAUGCCCAUAUUUACCACCAGCACUUUGACUCUGUGAUGCAGCUGCAAGAGGAGGCCCACCUCAACACCUCCUUUAAGCACUUUAUUUUCUUUGUUCAGGAGUUUAAUCUGAUUGAUAGGCGUGAGUUGGCACCACUUCAGGAAUUAAUUGAGAAGCUUGGAUCUAAAGACAGAUAAAUGUUUCUUCUAGAACACAGUUACGCUCUCCCUCUAUCUACUGCUAGCACUCUCUCAUUACUGUCUGGUGUGGACUGAGUGAUACUACAGGAAACCAGGAUCAAAAGGUCCAUUGUGUCUGCAGAGAAAAUUGUCCCAAAGGUAGGUUGGCCAGAUAGCUUCAGAACAAUCCAACGACACAGCUGCAUCAGAGGUGCUGUGUGGCCACCCUGUUACUGUUAGUGUCCUUCUUUGUUUUAACCUCAUGACUAACCUGUAGUUUGUUGCUGAGCUUUGUUCAAGAAAAUGAGUUUUUCCAUGUGACAACAUAAUGGACAUUAAGAAUUUUCAGCAGCAACUUACUAGUAAGUUUUUAGAACAAAUGUCUUAACACAGAUCAGUUUGCUUUGUUUUAUAAAUCAGCGGUGUUCUGUUUCUAAAUCCCAACAUUUAGAGCUUCUGUUUUACUUUGGAUAUCCUUUGGUUCACAUUUGUAUACUGAUGUUUCAUAGGCAAGAGUGUAUGUUUUUUAGCCAGGCAUGAUGGUCCAUGCCUGUUACCUGACACUGUGGAGGCAGAGGUGGGAAGGCCUCACAUUUGAGGCUGUCUUGAGCUACAUUGUCAAACUGUUGCUUAAAAAAAAGUUUGUUUUGCAAAAUGCAUAAGGCAUAAAUCACAGGCAUAUGUGGACUGAGAUUAACCAAAGUUAUUUCAAAUAACUUUAGUUUUUAAACUUGUUUGGGAUUGUCUUCAUGUCUGAUUAGACGAGGAGAGUGCACGGCUCUGAUGGUGCCUUGCAGGUUCUCAUUUGAGACUCCUCACUCAGAUUAACUUCAUAAUGUAGCUCGGGAUCAAGAAAACUUCCAAACUCUGUGACACACUUGGGCCUUAAAGCCACUGUUUUCAUUGACGUUUCCUUGCAUUUCUUGAGGGACAGUAGAAAAAGUAUUCAGAGUACUUGAUUAUUUCCUAAAUGAUUCCAUGUUUUUAUUGCAACUUGAAACUUACGUUUCUUUGUAGAAAUGCACAGACUUCAUGGCGGCAGUAAGAACCCAAGGUCAGAACCACAGAAUAGCUUGCAGGGGUGGGUGACAGCUGGUCUUCCUGGGCCUGCUGGAGCUGGAGACUCAGCAAAGAGAGUCAGUUGAAGCAACUUGGCUUCCUCUGUUACUGCACAGGCUGCAGUGAGCUCCAGAGCUUCUACCCUACUUGUCUUUGUAUCAAAACUUGAAUUUUUCCUCAUCCUGUCAGGAUAAAAGACUCCUCUACUGGGGAAGUGCCUGCUUUUCAUGUGGUCAUCAGAUCUAGUUAGUUCUGGCCGCCUCCUCAGAUGUCCAUGACAUCCUCGGGAAUUCUGGACACUUGCCCGGCAGGCAGUGCUGGAGUUUAUGCCUUGCUUGUCAGAGCUGGGGCUUACACAGUGCUCACUGGCCCCCAUAUGGCUUUAUAAAAGUUAGAGUUGAUGAGAUUUUUGUUAUUUAUUUUGAUUUCCUCUAGACUCUACUGGAAAGUAUCACUUAGAAACUCCAGUUUUAGUAACUCGUUUUCAGUAAGUUCUUAAGUAUGCUCAGAAUUUCAGAGGAACUGUUUUGUCUUUAUUUUGGCUGAAAUCACAUAUCACCAUUAGAGGAACUCAAGUUGGGAUAAUGAUUUAGGGAAAAUAGGACCGCUUGGAAACACCUCACAACCCAGGUGUAUGCAGAGGUCCAGAUGUCAGCUGUUGACAGUCAUCUACAGCCAGGAAGCAGGCUUAGACGACACCAGGAAUGCAUCACCCCUCAACCCCAGACUCCGUUUACUUUGAUUUGCCUUAGUCUCUAAGGAAUGAAAUUCUCUUUCUCAACCAGGGCCCAAUCAUUUUUAUGAAUUCUGACACCCUCAAAUCAAAGGUUUCUAUUUUCUCUGCAUGUGUUUCAAGGAUAGAAAUGCCCUCUCCAUGACUGAGCUCCAUGGAUAGAUGCUAAGAUACGGGGAGGCAGCUCAGUAGUGGGGUAGAAAGCAAAGCCUUGGUGGUAAAAAGAGGGUCUCCAUUUUUUGAUGGCCCCCUCCACUUUUUUCCUUCUGUCUUUUAAAAUGAAAACAGUGCUAGACUUCCAAACCAACCUGCCUUAAUCAGCAGUCGCACACAUUGUGCUGUUUCUCACCUCUGAGGCAAGGACACGGGAGGAGGAUGCCUUCUGCCUUUGGCUAGAGGGCUGACUUAAAACAUCUGAAGAAAUCAAUCUGUCCUGGGUUUAUCUGCCUGCUGUAUAGCUCUCCUGCUCCCCUCAGCCGGAGUCAGCUGUCCUGUCUGAUUCUGCGCCCUGGGCUGCAUUGCAGUGGCUUCCAAUUGCCUGGUGAAAUCUGCUUUAGCCCUGUGGUGCUUCAACUUCCAGGACUUUGAAAAACUUGGAUAUUGGUGGCUGGAGAGAUGGCACAUUGUUUAAAGCAUUGGCUGUUCUUCCAAAGGACCUGGGUUCAAUUCCCAGCACCCAUAUGGUGGCUCACAAGUGUUUGUAACUCAGUUCCAGUGGGUCCAUUUCCCUCACACAAACAUGCAUGCAGUACAAACAGUAGUGCACAUUAAAUUAGAAACAAAACCUUGGACAGUGAUAGAUUUAUAAAAAAUAGUCAUACUCCCUUGUACAUUUAUUUUGUGUGUUAACAACUACUGUACUAUUACUCUGCUGACUGAAUAAGUAGCUUACCAGCAGCCAGUUAGCCAGGGGUUCUUUUAUCUACAGGUUCUUGGCCUGUAGAGCUCUAGUUCACACAACUGCUCAUUGGAGAACUGCAGAUGAUCUCUAUUCUCCAUGGCUUGUAGCUAAGGCACAGGCACAGUCUGAGGUGAGGUUUCCUGUUUGCACUCUUGGCUUCUUUCUGAGCCCCCAAAUCAUAGUAGACAUAGCUUCUCAGACAUGAUGUCAUUACCUCAGGCAUAUAAACAAAUCAGGAUAGAAGAGUGUAGGCCCUACAAGUGUGUCCCGUCAUGGUGCCAGGGCACCUCUGCUCUUUGUGGGAUUCCUCCCCAGGCAGUAUGGAGCCCUGAACAGUGCCAGCCUGGACGUGAGCCGCUGAGCACCGUUAGCAGUCAUGUUCCUUCCUCCUGAGGUCAUUGAGAGUUCUGACAAAGAAGGAAACAGUAGUCUUUUGGUCUUCCUGAUUUUACAUUCAGUUUUGACACAGGGCUUUGUUGGGAUUUGGAGCACACGUGGCAGCAGGAAUUUUACUGAAGCAACUGCAUUGAAAUUCACAUGGGUUUUCUCAUCAGAACGUAUCAAAUAAGUAUUCUGUAAAGCCAUUCUGGAUGGCCAACGUGCUAUGGGAUGGUUAUAGAACAGCAUUCUGUGUUGGUCUGCAUCAAAAAUAGUUUGCAUAAGGUAGUCUUGGUUACCAUCUAAAAUAACUUAAAAUAUUCUUCACAUAUAAAAUUUAUGUUGUAUUUUUAAAACUUUUAGGGCUUUAUCUAUUUUUCUAAGUCGUUAACUGUACUUUUUAAAAAAGUAUUUUGUAUCUACUUUUGUAACUUCAUCAGAAUAAACUAUAUUGAAAGCAAAAA